AUGGAAAAGAAUCACGAUUAUUGGUAUAAGAGGGCUACGGAUCUUGAAAAGAAAUUGUAUUGCAAACAAUGUCUGAGUCGACAGAACGAGGUGGAAGAUUUAAACGACGGUGAAACGAUGGAACUUUGUGCAGAAUGCGCAGAACGAUUACGUUCGACAAUGGACAUGCAAGAGCGCCUAAAGUUUCUUGAGACGCAAAUCAAACAUUAGCAGAAUUCGUCUGCUUUUGAAAGCACCAGAUAUCUGACGCUCUUGUAUAAGAUUCACUGCUAGGAUUGCAAAAGUGACAUAAAUAGAUACGAUCAAUACUGUGCUCAAUGCGUGCGUUCAGUCACCGAGAGUAAACACGAAAUCGAGUACUGGAGAAAGGCGUACGAGGCGUUAUUGGAAAAAUAUUAUCAAGAACCACGCGAUGUCGUAGAUGGCUGAAGAAUACCUCAUGGUGAAGCCCGAAGAAUUCCAAUGACUUGUUCAAUAUUACAAAGGACAAAUUACGGACAGUGCCUUACUAAACAAAGCAGGUCGUGUCACUGCCGAAGAACAUAUCAUUGCAAACAAUCCACAGGUGCCUGAUGCUAUAGCGAAUCAACAGACUAGAGAAUUGUUACAAGAACGUAGACGAUUGACGAAGCGAUUAAGAGAUAUUCCAAGUGUACCCACAGCCGAUUUGGCAGAUGUAGAGUCUGAGGAAAGUGCCAUGACAGAAGGAAUUGUGGAAAAUUUACUCAAACGCAUGGCAAUGAAACAGAAGGAAAAACUGCAAGAUGAAAUUGCGCCCCUCAAGACACCCAAGCAGGAACUUCCCACUCCUGGAACCUCUAAAAUACCAGCGCACAUAAAGAAACGAGUCUCACCCACGCCUGGCACCUUAUCUAUGAAGAAAAGGCCUUCUCCUUCAACUUUCGAUCUCUAAUGGAUGAUUAUCGACAGCAAUUAGAAACCUCCUUUAAGAGUAUAAAAAAGGGUAAACAACCCGCCAAAGUCAAACGCAAGACGGAAUUGGAUUGGUUAAAAGAAGGCGAAGAGGCCGCUUUAUGAAAACCCUUGAGAAGACAACUGCACAAAGACUAUGAGGAGUUCUAAAAAAACAAGAACCAAAAGAAAGGCUCCACCGAAAAAAGGCAGAGAGGAGGCAAAUUUGACAUUCAAAACUGGAUUGCAAAAUUAGGAGUGGAAUUUCAUCCUUAUUCUUUACCUAAAAAGAAACGUUAUCAAUUCUUUGGACCAGGCACAUUUUUGAAAAAACGCUUGGAUCGAGGAGAUCAGGGCAUCAAUCGUUUGAAUUGCAUUGCCAGACAGCAUGACAUUGACUACUCUAAGGCCAAGAGUCUAGAGGAUAAAUGGAAAGCCGACGAUAAGAUGGUAGCCUCUAUUAAAAAUCUUCCUGGCAAGAAAUCAAUGAUGGAACACCUGGCACGUUACAUUAUACAAACUAAGAAACAAUAG